GCCAAAAGCAGAUUUGAGGGUUUAGUCGAACAGAUUGGAGGCUGCGAAGCUUCGUUUAACAUAUCCUUUGAGGGCAUUUUUAAACACUUGACUGCAAACACCAACCCGUUUCAAACCGAAUUCGACUGACGCAGCGGCAGAUCACCAACACUACCAGUACUUUCGAGACUUUCCUUCAGUUAUUUCGCACAUUUCUCAGAGACAAACACACCUGCAUAGAAGCAAAAAACAUACGAGUCCCGAACUUCAUAUUCAUUCCGAUAUUCACAAGUUGGAAAUACUCAGACUUCUUCAGAACCGUUUGAUCCGUCGCGUUUGGAAAAAUUGAUGCUUAAUUCAUCUAGCCACCGGCAUCGUGUAUAGUAGCCACAACAGCACCAAAAUGUCUGCAGGUAUUCAGCCGAAGUUUCCAGACAAACCAAAGAUCCGGCAAGCUGGCAAGUCCGUGAUAUUUGAGGUUAUCCUACAGGCGGCCCCGGCCCCCGAACUUCGGUGGACCAAAGGAGGAGUGGAAAUUAAAUCUGGCGGACGCUUUAAAACCGGUUGUCAAACGACUGGCAGUCAGCAUCUGCUCUCUCUUGAAAUCAACCCAGUUACUGCGGAUGAUGGCGGAGAAUAUUUGGUAACAGCGAAAAAUCGAUUGGGUGACUCAACAGCUACCAUCAACCUUAAUAUUGGUGCACCAAAAUCCGCCGCUAACAAAGCUCCCCGAUUCCCAGAGAAACCAGAAAUUCGUAUGGACAAAGCCAAGGGUGAAGUAAUCAUGUCUUGUAAAUUGGAAGCCAAGCCCAAAGCCACUUUGACAUGGUUCUUGAACGACAAAGAGAUCCAAGAAAUUCCCGGAAAACGUUUUUGGACUGUGAAAGACCAGGCGGACGAUUUGUACAUAUUGGAAAUCCAUAUUGUUGCCCCAAAACCGGACGAUGGUGGGACUUAUCGAAUCAAUGCUAAAAAUGUCGUUGGAGAUAGCAACGCCAACAUCAACUUAAACCUACAGGUAACUGCAUGUUUUUUAGAACAAUACAUACAUCGGCUGGACAGGGCAAACACCGAUUCCGACAGUGUGAAUAAUUUGCCUCAAGAUGCUUCGAAAGCCUUUCCGGCAUUGUAUCAAACACCUCCACCGUUCGGUCCCUGUGCUACUGCGGAAAAUUCGUUCAAAUUUCGUACAACCUUAUUUGGACUCCUUAUUCUUCUUACCCGAAAUGCCGAAAUUCUAUCGUCCCAAACUUCUUGCGGCACAUACCCUAUUGACACUGUCGGCUCCAAAUUAACCUACCAUGGCACUUUGAUCCACACACUAUGA